AUGGAACCUUUGUACUUAUAUCAUUUAAAGUCACAUACAUUAGCUGAUGUUGAUUGGUACAAAUUGUUUAAAAAUUGGUCUCUUCAAAGCAGCAAUAUUAUUGAGAUUCGAUCAGAACUUUCCUGUAUAUAUCCUUCUGAUUAUAUUUUUAAUGACAGGGAGUAUCAUGCUUGGCGUUCAUUAAUAAAAGCUGCAGGUGACACAAACAUAACACCAUUUAAUAAAAAGGAAUCACUGUAUGAAUUUUGGACAAGAAAUCCUAAUCCUUCAUAUGAUAAGGAAACACUAUUUAUGCUUUAUGAUAAAGGAUUCCUUUCUCCUACUCCAUCUCCAAGUGAACCAAUAUGUGACCUAGAAACAUGUAACAAUGCUCAAUGGUUUGCUAAAA